UGUACGUGUGGCAGCUAUGCGGUGCAUUCGCCUCAACCGAAUACGCGGAUCACACGGGCUGUCAACCUUUUGUGGAAAAUGACGAAAAUCACAGUAGUCAAAACCAAGGCUUAUCCCGACCAGAAGCCUGGCACGAGUGGACUGAGGAAAAGAGUGACAGUCUUUCAAACUAAUGAGCACUAUGCGGAGAACUUCAUUCAAAGCAUUAUCUCUUGCAUCGAACCAGUGGAGCGUCAGCCUGGACUGCUCGUAGUGGGAGGCGACGGAAGGUUUUUCAUGAAAGAUGCCAUUAAGUUGAUCAUCCAGAUCGCCGCUGCUAAUGGGAUAGGCCACCUGGUCAUUGGUCAGAAUGGCAUCAUGUCCACCCCCGCUGUGUCCUGUGUAAUCCGCAAGCUCAAAGCCGUGGGAGGAAUCAUCCUCACGGCCAGCCACAACCCCGGUGGCCCUAAAGGAGACUUUGGCAUCAAGUACAACAUCGCCUCCGGAGGUCCUGCGCCCGAGGGAAUCACAGACAAAAUAUUCCAGAUCAGCAAGAGCCUAACAGAGUACCACAUCUGCCCCGACCUCAAGGUUGACAUCUCCAAGAUCGGCAAGCAGACCUUUGAGGUGGACACAUUCAAGCCCAUGACAGUGGAGAUCGUGGACUCUGUGGAGUCCUAUGCUGAGAUGCUGAGGGGAAUCUUCGACUUCAAUGCCCUAAAACAGCUUGUGUCUGGAGCCAAUCACAUUAAAGUCCGUCUGGAUGCCAUGCACGGAGUGGUUGGACCCUACGUGAAGAAGAUUGUCUGUGAGGAGUUGGGCGCUGCCGCCGACGGUGCCUUCAACUGUGUCCCCAAGGAGGACUUUGGUGGUCAUCACCCUGACCCCAAUCUGACCUACGCCUCUGACCUGGUCAACGCUAUGAAGGGAGGAGAUUACGACCUCGGAGCCGCCUUUGAUGGUGACGGUGAUCGUAACAUGGUUCUUGGAAAGCAUGGCUUCUUUGUCAACCCUUCUGACUCUGUGGCCGUCAUUGCAGCCAACAUCACUUGCAUCCCCUACUUCCAGAAGACUGGGGUCAAAGGUCUGGCCCGCAGCAUGCCCACCAGCGGAGCUCUGGACAAUGUGGCUAAAGCCUUGAAGAUGAAUCUGUAUGAGACUCCUACUGGCUGGAAGUUCUUUGGCAACCUGAUGGACGCUGGCAAGCUGUCUCUGUGCGGAGAGGAGAGCUUCGGCACUGGCUCUGAUCACAUCCGUGAGAAGGACGGCUUGUGGGCGGUGCUGGCCUGGAUGUCCAUCCUCGCCCACAGGAAGCAGAGUGUGGAAGAGAUCAUGAAAGACCACUGGAACAAAUUUGGCAGGAACUUCUUCACCAGGUAUGAUUAUGAAGAAGUGGACUCAGACAAAGCCAACACCAUGAUCAAGGAGCUUGAGGCUAAGAUGUUUGACAAGUCCUUUGUGGGCCAGAAGUUUUCAUCGGGAGACAAGAGCUAUGAGGUGGCUGUCUCUGACAAUUUUGCCUACACCGACCCUGUGGACGGCAGCGUCUCCAAGAACCAGGGUCUGAGGAUUGUCUUCUCCGACGGCUCCAGGAUCAUCUUUCGUCUCAGUGGGACUGGCAGCGCUGGUGCGACCGUCAGGCUCUACAUAGACAGCUAUGAGAAGGACCCCGCCAAAAUCUACGGCGACGCACAGGUCAUGCUGAAACCUCUGGUGGAGAUUGCGUUGAAGAUCUCUGGGCUCCAUGAGAAGACCGGCCGCACCGGGCCCACUGUGAUCACAUAGACUGCUGGCCCUGCCCCCCACUGUGACCACGUAGACUGCUGGCCCUGCCCCCCCCCACUGUGAUCACGUAGACUGCUGGCCCUGAUCAGGCCCUGUCACACCCUUCCAGGUAACUCUGUCCUAUCAACCGUUCCACGUGUGCCUCUGAAGAACAACCUCACCUCACUUGUACCAUAAAGCCAUCCAAACAAAAGCUUAAAAUGUAACACUGCCAUUCACCAUGAAUAAAACUUCCU